AUGAAUUCAGACACCCUGCAAGCCUUCCAGAAUGAGCUUAUCUGCUCCAUUUGCAUGAACUACUUCUUAGACCCAGUCACCAUAGACUGUGGGCACAGCUUUUGCCGGCCCUGCCUCUGCCUAUGCUGGGAGGAAGGCCAAUCUUCAAUGCGCUGCCCUGAGUGCAGGGAAAUCUCAGAGAAGUCCGACUUCAAAACCAACGUCGUCCUCAAGAAGCUAGCUUCCCUGGCCAGACAGGCCAGACCUCACCACUGCCACAGCUCAGAGGAGCAGUUCUGUGUGAAGCACCAGGAGGCAGUGGAGCUCUUCUGCGAGACCGACAAUAGACUACUCUGUGGGUCCUGCUCUGGGUCCUCAGAGCACACGGCUCACAUCCACAGUCCAAUAGAAUGGGCUGCCGAGGAGGGCAGGGAGAAACUUAUAAAGAAAAUGAGCUCUUUAUGGAAAAUGACUAAGGAAACACAAUACAAUCUAGAUAAGGAAACUGGCAAAAUGAAUUCAUUAGGGGACUAUGUGGCUUUAAGAAAGGUGAUGAUAGAAAUUCAUUAUCAGAAAAUGCAUCUAUUUCUCCAUGAGGAGGAACAACUCCACCUGGAGACAAUGGACAGGGAAGCAAGGGAGAUUUUCCAACAACUCCAGGAGAGUGAAGUGAGAAUGACCCAAAAGAAAGAAAGGUUGAAGGCCACAUACAGAGAGCUAACUGAGAUAUGCCACAAGCCUGAUGUGGAGCUGCUCCAGAAUUUGGAAAAUGCAUUGGAAAGAACUGAGUUGUUACAAAUGCAGACACCCCAGCCAGUAAACCCAGAGUUCAUUUCAUGGCGCAUCACAGGAGUCCUGGACAUGCUCAACAGCUUCAGAGUGGAAAAUCCUCUGAGUAAGGAAACAGCCAGUUGCUAUAUGAGCCUUUCUGAGGAUGUGAAAAGGUGGAUAUUUGACAGCGACCAUCAUGAUGCACCUGGAGAGCCUCAGCGAGCAGAGAGCUUUGCUGCAUGGGGAGCUCAGUCCUUCACCUCUGGCAGGCAUUACUGGGAAGUGGAUGUGGCACACUCUUCCAACUGGAUUCUGGGAGUCUGUAAAGAUUCCUGGACAGGGGACUUGAGUGUUAUUGAUUCUGAGAAAGAAUAUUUUCUGUUUUCUUCAAAGAGGAACAAUCAUUAUAGUCUCUCCACCAACUCCCCAUACUUAACUCAGUAUGUGCAAAGGCCUCUGGGUUGUGUUGGGGUGUUUCUGGAUUAUGAAAAUGGAACUGUGAGCUUUUAUGAUGUUUGUAAAGGUUCCCUCAUAUAUGGUUUUCCUCCUACCUCCUUCUCUACCCCUCUUAAGCCUUUCUUUUGUCUCGGUUUUCUGUGAAAAGUCAUGUUUCAUGAUGCUUUAUGGGUAAAUUCCCAUGUCUGAGAAAACUACAGUCCUGAGAUUUCACUUGAGGCAACAGGACUUUGCAUGAGGGCCUUUGAGCUCAUUGUAACUUAGUGAAAUAUAAUGAUUACUUUGUAUGGCUAUAACAUGGAAUAACCACAUUGAAUGUAUGGAUUUGC